CUAGUUCUCUACCAUAUAAAAACGCGCGCCGAAAAUCAUAAAGCAUUGCGAAGAAGAUUCAUUGAGGCAGCAGUCUUCAUUCAACCAUGGCGUCGUCUUUCUUAGGAAGCCUGGUGGAAUCUACAUAUCUGCCCUUGGAAACUGCAACGACCAUCCUCACGAUGGCAGGCCUUUUCAAGUGGCCCCCUCAAGCUAGAGUAAAUGAUGGUGAUCGUUUCGACUUCAUCGUGAUCGGGUCGGGUGUUGGAGCCGUCAUCGCCAAUAGAUUAACAGAAAACGAAGAUGUUCGAGUACUAUUAAUAGAAGCAGGAAAAAACCCCUCCGUCGAAUCUAUGCUACCCGGUCUUUUUAUUCUGCUCCAAAACUCGUACCAAGAUUGGAACUAUGUGUCCGAACCCGAAGAAGCUACAAAAAAUCAACAAUUCGGUGCCUAUAGAACGUCCGCAGGAAAAUGUCUGGGUGGAAGCAGCAAUAUCAAUCAUUUUAUACAUCUACGAGGAGAUCCGUGCGACUUCGAUUCUUGGGCAGCCUACCUUAAAGACGAAACUUGGUCUUAUAAGAACGUUCUUCCGUAUUUCCGGAAAAGUGAGACAGUCGAAGACGAAGACAUCCUUAAAUAUUAUGCCAAUUUCCACGGUGUUGACGGUCGAGUAAUUAUAACCAGACAACCUGAUGAUUCCACCCGUAAUAUCAUGGAGUCGUUCGAAGAAAUUGGAGUACCAUCGGUUUUAAACCUGAACACGAACAAUACUGUUGGGUUCACGGAAUCCUCUUUCAUCAUAGGCAACGGCCGAAGACAGAGUACUUCUCAAGCAUACCUGAACAACUUGAAUAGAGAUAAUUUGUAUGUAUUAACCGAAACUGUUGCUGAAAAAAUUCUUUUCGAAGAUAAUGUAGCUGUAGGUGUCAUCUUAAGGCUUGGAAGCGGUGAAAAGAUUACUGUCUACGCUAAUAGAGAAGUCAUUGUCUCUGCCGGAACAUUUAACAGUCCAAAGCUACUCAUGCUCUCCGGAAUAGGCCCAGCCGAAGAACUCCGAAAAUUUGGCAUUGAUGUCAUUAAAGAUCUGCCUGUGGGCCAGGACAUGCAAGAUCAUUUUGCCGUACUGCUACUCAACAAAUUGGAAAGAUCCUUAGAGAUUUCCCAAAUACCGCAAUUAACACGAUUGGCUUUCCCAGUUUUAUUGGGAGGAAUCAAUUUGGACGAUUCUAAAAGCUAUCCGGAUUAUCAGAUCAUAGGUCUAAAGUUCACUCAUGAUACGCCUUAUUUUCUCCUCACUUGCACUGUACUUUUCAGUUUGAAACACGAAAUAUGUUCAAAGCUCAACGCAGAAACGAUCGGCAGGAACCACCUGGUGACAUUUAUAGGAGCUUUUCAUCCAGAAUCAAGAGGCUAUGUAAAACUAAGAAGCGCAGACCCGAAUGACGAUCCGAUCAUAUCCCAAUCAUUUUACAGCAAUGCGAAAGACUUUGAUAACAUGAAAAAAUAUGUCAAACAUUUCUUAACUGUAUACAACUCAUCUUAUUUCCGAGAAAUUAAUGCGGAAGUGGCUGAUCCGGGGCUGGAUGAAUGCGGGGAAAUGUCCUUAGAUAAUGAAGAUUAUUUGGAGUGCUACAUUAAGGGUAUGACGGUAACGAUUUUUCACCAGACGAGCACAUGCGCUAUGGGCAGCGUGGUGGAUAGCAACAUGCAAGUGUAUGGUGUGGAGAACCUCCGAGUUAUCGAUGCCAGUACAAUGCCCAACAUUACCAGAGCCAAUACUCUAGCGGCCUCCAUUAUGAUGGCAGAGAAGAUGAGUGAUGUGAUAAAAAAGAAAUAUAAUCUUUAAGUGGAUUUGUAGAAAAUAAGUAUGGAAAAAAAUACAAUGGACAUUGAUAAGAUUCCAUAUUUAUAUGACAGCGCAAC